AUGCCCAUUAUGUUGAAUUUUCCGUUUCAAUUUCACAAGCCUGUUACUUGUCUCCACAAACAUGGUUACUACUCUUUUCGUACUCACAGUAACAACUACCUUAGUAACAACAUAGUUUUCUUGUCACAACAACCAAAUAAUCAUGUUCCCUCAAUUGGGUCAUUAGGGUUUCAUGUGUCCAAUGUUCAUAGUGUUGACAUUGGUCUUCCUCAACAAAAACAUGAUUAUGUUGAUGAUAAUGAUGAUGAUGAAUAUGAUGUUGUUGUUGAUGAUUUUGAUGAAAGAGGAAAGGAAUUGUAUUCAUAUUUUGUGUCAAACAAAAAAUUGUGUCCCUUGGAUGCGUCUUUUGUGAUGGAGAAGGAUUUGCAAUGCCGGGGUUCGACAGAAUUGGGAGGUGUGAAUGAGAAUGAGGUUAUGUUUUUGGAGGAAAUGGAUGUGAAUGUUCUGUCGAAUAGGAUUUUGGAGCUUAGUAGAACUAACAAGAUUAGAGGUGCGAUGGAGUAUUUUAGGUCGAUGGAGUUAUUCGGUCUAUGUCCGAAUAUCCAUGCGUGUAAUUCUCUUUUGUCGGGUCUUUUGAGAAACGGGUCGCUUGAUGAUUGUUUUGAAGUGUUUGAUUUUACGAAAGUGAAAAGGAUAGCUACGGGGCAUAGCUAUAGUUUGAUUCUUAUGGCAUGUGCGAAAGCUCGAGGAUGUGAUUCGGCCGUUGAGUUUUUCAGGAAACUGGAAAGGGAUUGUGAUGUGGGGAGAGAUUUUGAUGCGGUUGUUUACAAUACUAUGAUAUCUAUCUGCAAGGAGGCUGGGAAUUGGAGUGAAAUAGAGAGGUUGUGGAGGAGUAUGAAGGAAAAUGAGUGUGCUCGAACGUUGGUUACAUAUCGGUUGUUAGUUAGUAGUUUUGUACAUUGUAACCAAAGUGAGUUAGCUCUUUAUGCUUACCGUGAAAUGGUUCAAAAUCGAUUUGAACCAAACAAUAAUAUAUUGAAUUCGAUCGUUUGUGUAUGUGCUAAGGAAGGAAAAUGGGAUGAUGCAUUGAGUUUCUUUCAGAAAAUGUUGACGGGAGACUUCAAACCGAACUUAGUCGCAUGCAACGCGUUGAUUAACUCGCUUGGAAGAGCAGAGGAACUCAAACUAGCAUUUCACGUCUACAAUACGAUGAAAUCGUUGGGCCUAAAACCAGACGCGUAUACAUACAACGCUCUAAUGAGUUCUCUUAACAAGGCCAAUAAGCACGGCGAAGCUCUUCGUCUUUACAAACAGAUAGAAAGGAACCAAAUGCUUGAAUUCAAUAAACAUUUAUACAAUACUGCUUUAAUGUCUUGCUCGAAGCUUAAAUUGUGGGAUAGAGCUGUUGAGAUUCUGUGGCAAAUGGAAGCUUCUGGACUUUCGGAUUUGACAGUUUCGUAUAACCUAGUGAUCCGGACUUGCGAGCUUGCAUUAAAGCCGAGAAUUGCAUGGCAGGUGUACAAGCACAUGGUUCACCAGAAGUGCAGUCCAAACAUAUUUACAUAUCUGUCCAUAAUAAGAUGCUGCGCUAGAGGAGAUCUCUAUGAAGAAUUAGAAGAAAUCUUAAAUAAGACUGUGCCGAACGCCACUCUUUAUAACGCUGCGAUUCAAGGGAUGUGUUUACGUGGCAAGGUCAACUUGGCGAAUGAGGCUUACACGAGAAUGCUAGAGCACGGUCUUGAACCCGAUGUCAAAACACGAGUACUUAUGCAUCCUAAGAUAAGGAAAUAA